AUCGUAGCGCGCGCUGUGGUGUGUGUCGGUCGGUCGGUUGGUCGGUCGGUCCCUCGCCGCCAUGCUAGUGGUUAGUUUAGUGAAUCAAACAUCAUGAUGUGGCAAAACGUUUGCAGCACGAGCUAAGAUUAAAAUAAUAAAACGCCGCGUACCGGCGAGCGGUCGUAAUGCUGCAUAUAAUAUAACGUUCGAUAACCGUAAAAUAUACCCGUGUACAGUACAAAACGGCAACGAUUAAACCCCGCGCGACAUUUAAUCUCGAUUGUAAAUUUAUAUAUAUGUAUAUAAUAUAUACAUGUAUGUAUAUAUGUAUGUAUGCAUACGGUAUACAUGCAUGAAAAGAGCGUCCGAAAAAACUACUUCGUUACGUAUAAUAUAUACAUUAAACGUAUACGAGAUUUUUAAUAAUUGUAAUACAACAAUAAUUUCACGUAGUCACAAUAAGCCACUGAUAUAUAUAUAUAUACUAUACGGGUUCUCCUCGCACACAACACAUACACACGAUGCUGGAUCCGAGCGUACUAACAGAUCUAGAGGAGCUGACGCUGUGUAGUUAUUGCAAGCAGAAAUUUAACGACACGGAACAAUGCCCAAAGUACCUGAGCUGCAAGCAUCACUUCUGCUUGCGAUGUAUAGAAAACAAUCUGGUUAAGGGACGACAACUCGUUUGUGCCCAUUGUUGGAAGUCAACUGAACUUGGACAUCAAGGACCCGAUGCUCUACCCACACAUUCCUCUCUACUCGCCCUUGCCAAUAACUUUUCGCACCUCAAAAUCAACUCUAACAACAUCACAGCUAACAAACCCACCGAUAAGGAAAGAAAGAGUGAAAACUGCCACACACAUGGUAUGCCAUUAGCAUUAUGGUGUGCAACUUGCUGUUUGGCGCUCUGUCGAGCCUGCGCCACACCGCAGGAACAUCCUGGUCACCAAAUUAAAUCACACACAGAUGCCAAAGAUCAACUUAUAACUGACGUUCAACAUGAAUUGGUAGCGAUUCGAAAACUAUCAACGGAGAUUCAGAGACUGGUUAUGCAGCAGAGAGAGUUCUUAAUAAAAGUGUUAGAGGCUUGCGUGACGCUGAAGACACGAGUAGAGACAGACUUGCAAAAUGGGUGGAGCUACUAUCCGGAAAUAACGGAGGCGCGAGAAACGCUGGGGGAGGCGAAAGCGAGUCUGCAGAUGAUUGAAAAUCCCGGUGACAUUUAUAACUUGCACACCCAACUAAUAUUAAAGAAACAAAGGUUGCAAGCCAAGUAUCAAGAGGCGACGGUGCAAUGUCAACUUGACGAUCUAAUCGGCAAUUCAGGUGUAGUAUUUGACUUUACCCUGUUGAAACAAGCCUUGGCUAGCAUAAACAUGGGUGAACCUGUCGUACCGCAACCUCCGGGUGGAAGCGGUAGACUACACGGUCACCUAGCAGCUUCCCAAAACCCAAUAUUGUUCCUGGCAAAUUACUGUAUGUCUCAACUGUACUCAAGGCACAUGGCCAACAAGCAGCACGUGCAAAAUGGGUCCAUUGAAUAUCAUCCUAACAUGAUACCAGCACAACCUCCUCCUCCGUUGCACGUACAUCAAGGCCCUCCACCUCCGCCGCAACUACUAGUACCUACUGGAUCGCCAUCCGUGAAACAACCACCACCGGCACCGCCGAAUGCGAUACUCCAUCCCCAACAACAGCCCACGUUUAUUACCGAGGUUGGCGCCAACAGCGGCGCUCUGGUCGCAGUUCAUUCACCAACUCAACCACCGCCGGGCACCAUACCAACGACAUUGAGAGGCCCUCCUAAUCCAUAUCCCCUUUACUAUUUUAAUAUUGAUGUCAACGGAGCUCCACAAGGUAGAAUUGUGAUAGAAGUUAGGCCGGAUGCAGCGCCAAAGAUGGCAAAGAAUUUCAGCGUACUCGCAACAGGGGAGAUAGGGGUCGGAUACAAGGGCUGUACGAUAUUUCAAUGCUGGGAAGGAGAGUCGGUAAUAACCGGAGAUUUUGAAUUAAACAAUGGACGCGGAGGUAGAAGUAUAUUCGAAGAUGGAUUUUUCAUGCCCGACGAUACAAAGUUUCCAGCAGUAAGAGGCGCCGUAGGUAUGAGAAGAACGCAAAAACGUCACGACAACUUGGGGAUGGUUGGUUCCCAAUUUCGCAUAAUAUUGCAGGAAAUGAGGGGGUUCACUGGAAUAUUUGGCCAUGUGGUAGAAGGCUUGGAUUUAGUGGAAAAAAUUUCGACCUACGGUGAUCAGACUGGUAAACCAACGAAAACCAUUCUGAUUACUAAAUCUGGUAAACUGUAAUGAUUGUGUUGAUGCGCCGAUAUCAAAGUCUAUAUUUUCGUGAUAGAGAGAGAAAUUAGGGAAACGGCUAGAAAAUUAUAUAGGUACGAUCGUAAACGUUGCAUCGCUAUAAAUGAUGUUUUGUCGUAUGCGCCUCUGGUGCUCUGUACAUUAAGUCACAACUUAAUUACUAUAUAUAACAAUAGAAUCUAAAGAAGUUGAAUCUAUUUUUUGAACGUACUCGCAUUCAAAUAAAAAUCCAUAUUUUGCUAUUGAUUGGGAUUUAACAAGGUUCUAUGAUCUACGAAGGAUCGAUACAUAUGUACCUCAAAAAUUGAUCGUAAUAUCAAUACGAGUAGCUAGCUAUACGAAUAUGGGAUUUUUUUUUUUUUUAAAAGAGGUUUGUCAUUUAUUUUGGCUAUAUCGAAAUAUUUUAUCUAGAUUUGAAUCUGUCAGCGAACGUCAGUAGACGACAGAAGUAUGGAACUCCUUGCGUCUUGCAAUUAAGAGUUAGUCUAUAAAUGGAAUCUAUGUUAUAAGCGGACAAUGAUAUAUUUUUAGAUGAGGACUAAUUUUUGGCCGAGAUCCGACAAGUUCAUUAUUCGAACGUACAUGAAUUGUACAGUUUGUGUGAAAAUAAUCCCAAACGGUUAGAAAAGGGACCUACGUAUCUUGAUUAAGUGACUGCUGUAUAUCGCGGUGAGAAUGAACAUGAUACACACACACGUAUUGUGUACACAUGAUAUACUCUUUUCAGAUAGGGUUUAUUUCCAUUAUUAGUUUUUAAGUCUCAAAUGUAGUGUAUCCCGCCUCUCGUUCCGUGUUACAAGUAGUGAAGCGUCAUUGUAAUCGAAAUUGUAUUGAAAAAAUUAGAUCUCAAUAUACAAUAUACAAGAAGGCCUAACUAUAAUAUAGUAUAUAGAAAAAUAUUAAACGUCUCUCGUAAUAUCUGGUCGAAAACGAAUGAACAUAAGCGAAUAUAUUAAACGAAUCAUUCCUUGAUACUGUAUAUCAAAGUACUACGAAUAUGUAAUAUGUUACUAUAGUCGUGUAAAACCCGUCGUUAUGUAUUAUAUUAUUAUUAUUAUUAUUAUUAUUAUUAUAAAUAUUAUAGUAUCUGCUCGUCCUCGUUGUCGUCGCAAAAUGCCUUUUUCGGAAACCUCAAUUGAUGUUGAACUUGAAAGUUUUAACUCUUGUUAAUUAGCUAAUAACGACUAUAAACACGUAUACCGCAUUACGAUAAAUUAGAAAUACCGUUACGAUUAUCGAUUAAUAGGUGGCCACUCCGAGUUCCGUUCUCUUUUCAAUUUUGUGUU